AAGUCCCUAGCCGAGAAUGACAGCUGACAUCGUUGACAUGUGUGAGCUUGUCAGAAAUUCCCGCCGUUUGCAACAAGUACACUAACCAAAAACUUUGUUUCUGUGUAUCACUUUCAAAAAUAACAACAAAAAUGUGGAAUACUUUUGAUAUGAGCGUCAAUGGGGGUUUUGUCAACGACGGCGAGGGCGGCGGGGGCUCAGCCACCAAAAAACGAGAGCAAGUUCGACGCGUCCAGAGUGUAGUCCCCGUUUUUAUAUCAUACAUAACUGAGUGUUCGGAUGAAGAAUUCACAUUGUAUGGAAUGCCAGUGCAGAUGGUGGACAUCAUAGGCGUCCUUCGAAACUUCGACGUCCAAUCCACCAAAGCCACGUGCCUCAUCGAGGACCAAAGCGGCUCAAUCCAAGCGAUCUUGUGGCUCGAAACCGACGGCGACUCGAUCAGCGCCCUCCCCCCAGUCAAAGAAAACUGCUAUGUCCGAGUUUUCGGCUCCAUCCGCACCCAAGACGGCUCCAAAAUGAUCAUGAUCCUAAAAAUCAUCCCAAUCGAUGAUUUGAACGUCGUAACCCACCAUCGCCUGCAGAUAAUCCACGCCAAAGUGUACGCAGAGAAGUUAGCCACAGGUGGGCUUCCAGCCACUCAACCGGUUAAUCACGCGGCUGCGACCAACGGCACCAUGAGCUUCGGCGAUAUUAAAAUCAACACGCCGCAGGAGAAUCCACAUGGGCUUAAACCCAUCCAGGCUAAGAUCAUGUCGCUGUUGAAGAACACGACGAAUUAUAUGGGGAUGGCGAAGAGCGAGAUUUUGGCGCAGUUUGAUUCCGCGCAAGCGAGGGAAGUUAGAGCCACCUUGGACUUUUUGCUGGACGAAGGGCACGCGUAUACCACGUGUGAUAAUGAUCAUUAUAAGGCGACGGAUGGGUUUUGAUACCAGAAGUGGGUUGUGUGGGUGAUGCGUGCGUUUUCUUUUAUUUUCACUUGAGGUGGAGCUUUAUUUACCCAAUUUAUCUUUUAGUUGGAUGUUUAUAGUGUAGAAAUUUUACAGUGAUGGCAAACUUGUUUUAGUACCAAUACAACAAGUACAAAUAACCUAAAA